AUGUCCACAAAUCCAGCCAAUCCUUCCUCCGACGAAAGUGCAACGGGAGACCCAGAGACUUCAGGACCUCCUUUGCAUAUCGCAAACUACUACUCACACUCGAUGAGCCCUGUCGACAUCGGCAGACUGCGCAGCGCGCUUGUCCAGGAGACUCGUGGGCAAUACAUAGGCGGUGUCGACCCCCAUACGUUCGUUGAAAGCUUCAUGAAAUGGAAUCCCGAUAUCGAUACUUCAUUCAAGGCCGAGAAACCCUCCGAGGCGCGACUGAGGCGUUUGAUUGGCAUGGCCGGUAAGCCUGGGAGCGCGAUGAACGAGGACUGGCAAGGUGCCUUCUCUGGCUGGCCACUUGUUUGCGGACGGAAGGGAAUCCAGCGCCUCGACUUUGAGGACACUCAUAGCUGCCGCGACGCAGAGAGCCAGCUUGGACCUGACAGCUGUAACUACCUCAGGAACAAGCCAAUCGUCCCACGACUCGCUCGGCGGAAGAUAGACUUUGCUAACAUUCAAAGCUUUACUGAGCACAAAGCGGAUGCUAAAAUGGACGCGUUCGUCGAUGCUGGCGGUGAAGAAUACGAUGGAGAGGCCUACUAUGUCAUGGCGGGCUAUUCGAAGCGUCAAGAGAGCGUAGAAGAGGACGAGAAGGAGGACGAAGACGCGGGAAUGGCCGCGACGGAGGACGCGUAUAUCGCUGAACCUUCAGCAGCAGACGUCGAUACAGAGGGGGCAGAGGCUCACCCCAAGGUGACGGAUGACACGAAACCAACGCCUGGUGAAAAAUAUCCUUUUGAAAACGACACGAAGCAAGGUCGAAGCACCCGAGGACAAAUCGCAAGCUACGCCGGGGUGACGAUGGCGAUGCAGUUUAGGUCCCAUUUAUUCAGCGUUCUCGUGUGCGGUAGAUAUGCUCGUUUCAUUCGCUGGGAUCGUUCCUGCGCCAUUGUUACUCGCCGCUUCGACUAUACCACACACCCGCUCAUCUUAUUCGACUUCUACAAACGCUUUGCGCAACUUACCGAUGUCCAGCGCGGGCUCUACCCAAACCUCCGCGAACUCAGCAGGCCAGCUGGAAUGGAAGCGUUGGAAAUGAUUCGAAAAUACGCAACGUCAUACUUUACUGGCGAGCACGCUGACUUUUACAAGAAAGAAUCCGAUCCCAAGCAGCUCCCGCUGCUAUCCUUGGUCUUCGGGGAUGAUACCUAUGUCGUUCCAGCACCCUGUUUCAAUGGCAGAAUGUACUCUCCGUUCGGUCGAUGCACGCGCAAUCGGGCGGUAGUUCUUCUGAAGGGAAGGAACAGUGCGAGGGUGGCGGAGGAUGGGACAUACGGAAGGGAUGGACAAAUCCUGUAUUUCAAAGAGUACUGGCGCGAAGAAUCCGCCUUCACGAAGAAAGAGUCGGAGGUCUACAGGAUGCUAGAGGCUGCUAAAGUCACCUUUGUUGCCGAAAUGCAUGCCGGUGGAGAUUUCAUGGUGGGCGACGACACGGACGCAAAGGCGAUCGCCACCAUCGGCCAUGAAUGGAAGUUGAGACCGUGGGUGCAGAAACAUAGCAAGCUCAGAAUCAGACGCUUGACGGCUCACUUCAUCGUGCUCUCGACCCUCGGCCGCGAGCUCGCAACGUUCAGGACAGCUCGGCAGUUGGUGACCUGCAUCGCCGAUGCCAUGGAUGCUCAUCAGCAAGCUUAUAAACUAGGGAUCCUUCAUCGCGAUGUCAGUGCGGGAAACAUCCUCAUGACGCUGGAACCCAAGAAUCGCCGCGGUUUUCUUAUCGACUGGGAUCACUGUAUCUUCUUGAACGAGGCCCUUAAAGAACGUACAGAUACCAGGGUCCAUCGCACAGGUACGUGGCAGUUUAUGUCUGCAUAUUUGACGCAGAACCCUGAAAGCGCGUCGCAUACGGUCGUCGACGAUCGCGAAUCGGCGCUGCAUGUGCUGACAUCCAUGGCCUUGAAGCAUCUCAGGCAUAACGUCGGAAACCAACAACGGCUAAGAGGUCUUUUGGCUGUGUUUGACUCCUAUGUGCCUAAGGACGGGAAGCCAGACGUAGGCACUGAUGACAAACGUUCGAUGCUUUGCGCGGGUGGUCCUGCGGUGCAGUUCGCCAUUCCCGCAAUUAAGAUCCUCAUAAGAAUUCUUGCCAAAUUCUUUUCCCCGCGCUAUACCCAUAAGUACGACUGGACAGCCGAGGAACUCCAGCUCAUGUCACCUGAGGCCUUGGCCGAGUACGAGAAGGAGAAGGACGAACAUCGCCAAAAGCUCGCGAAAUUACUCGAUCCCCCUCCGGAUUUUGUGUACGAGACGAUGCGCAGCUGGGCAGCGAAAAUGCCUGAACCGCCCGACAACAUCACUCAGUGGGUCGACAAUCUGAAAGGACAUGGGGGAUUGCUGGACCACACUGGUGAUCAGCUAGAGCCCGCCCACCACCCCGACGUCGACGAGCGCGAGGCUCUGCACGACUUCGAAGAGCCGACGGACGGGGUGGUCUGGUUCGCGGGGCAUGGACACGCUUUGGAAGCGUAUAUGGGGAACUGCGUUGCUGGGCAUGGUGGGGUGCGAGUGGUCCUUAGUGUCGCGGCCCAAUUGGCCUACGUGGAUGAUUUGGAGCGCGGUGUUGCGCUCAAGGAAGUCGACAAAGCGCUGCGAAUAGAACGUGCUUUGCAGCUCAAGAUGCCUGAGCUGCGCGAUCAAUGGGACGAGUCACAGUAUUGUAUCUCCUAG